AUGGCCUCGACGUCGUCCCCGUGGGUGGUGCUCAAGUUCGGCGGCACGAGCGUGUCCACCGCCGCGCGCUGGCGCUGCAUCUGCGAGCAGAUCCGCUCGCACCUCGAGGCGCCGUCGGCCCCGCGCGUGUGGGUCACCAUCUCGGCGCUGUCCCAGAUCACCAACAAGCUCACGCGCGCGCUGGCGCUGGCCAGUGAGCGCGGCAGCGACCACAUGGAGCUGGCCACCAACAUCGCGCUGCAGCACUUCGCGCUGGCCUACGAGGUGGGGCUCCUGCCGGCGCUGGAGGGCGUCGAGGGCAGCGUGGAGCUGCACGACCGCUGGCAGCAGCUCUGGCUGGACAGCGUGCUGAGCCACGGCGACGACGGCUCGAGCUUCUCCACGUCCCCCAUCGACCCGCUGCUGCCCAAGGAGCUGCACCCGCUGCUGGAGGAGCUCAAGAACCUCGUGCGCGUGCUGGAGGGCAUCAAGCUCACGGAGGAGGCAUCGCCCCGCAUCCAGGCGCGCGUGCUGGCCUUCGGAGAGCUGCUGUCGACCCACCUGGGCCGCUGCAUCAUGGCCCACAACGGCCUCACGUCCGUGGAGAGGGUGGACGCCAGAGACCUGCUCGUGAGCGAUCCCUCCAGCGCCAAGUCCGAGGAGGACCGGUACCUGCAGGCCGAGGUAAACCCCCGUCUGGACCGCGAACAGGCCGAGAACGCCGCGCACGGCAAGCGCGUGGUGCUCACGCAGGGAUUUAUUGCCAGCACGAGCACGGGAGCCACCUGCGUGCUCGGCCGCGGAGGCAGCGACACGUCGGGCUCGCUCUUCGCGGCGCUGCUGGGCGCCGAGAAGUACGAGAUCUGGACGGACGUGCACGGCAUGUUCACGACCGACCCGCGCUACGUGCCCAACGCGCGGCUGAUCAAGAGCCUGGAUUACCGUGAGGCGCAGGAGCUGGCGGCCAUGGGUGCCAAGGUGCUGCACCCGCGCUGCAUCAUCCCGGCGCAGUGGGGUAAGGUGCCGCUUGAGAUCCGCAAUACGAACGACCCGACCGGCGCCAAGACGGUGAUCCACCCGGCCACUGAGUCCGACAAGGCCCAGCACGGCAGCCCCAAAAUCCUGGCUGUGGUCAAGCGCCAGAACAUGACGACGCUCAGCAUCACGGCCUUCGACAUGUACAACACGUCGGGCUUCCUGGCCAAGGUGUUCACGCCGUUCGAGGCGUGCGGCAUCUCCGUUGACCUUAUCGCGACGUCGCAGUUUUCCGUGACGGUGACGCUGGACCACAUCCCCGGCGGCGUCGAGGGCGCUCCGUUCCAGCAGCUUCUGGAGGCAUUGAACGAGCACUCGAAGGUGCGCGUGUUCGAGGACUGCUCGGUCGUCUCGAUCGUGGGUCGCGGACUGCGCAAGGCCCUCGCGGAGCUCGGCUGCGUCUUCAACGUGCUCGAGAACUACGACGUGUUGCUGCUUAGCGAGUCUGCGGAAGACUUGAACCUGUCCUUCGUGCUGCAGCAGAAGGAGGCGGACGAGGUCGUCGCUCGCAUGCACGGCUUCUUCUUCCCCGGCGACGACCAGGUGUCGCCUACUGCUGCGAAGGCUACAUCGACGGCAGGAGGUCUGCCGCCGCUUCCUCCUCACCCGACCACACCUACUGCUGCGUCUAAUGGCGAGGCAAGUGCUGCUGUGCCGCCUGCUCCGAUCAACACCGUUUUCCAGCAGGCAACCAUCCGUCGGUCGCCUUCGCGCGACUUGCUGUUCGGCCCCACGUGGCAGAACUUGCUCGAUGCUACACAGUCGAACAAAUCAGCUUAA